AAAUAAAUUUCGAUAAUGGUGGAUCGUUUAGUCAAUAGUGAGGCCAAUGCACGGCGGAUCGCUAUGGUGGAGAACUGCUUCGGCAGUUCCGGACAGCCUCUGGCAGAACAAGGCAGGGUUCUUGUGGGGGAAGGUGUCCUAACAAAGAUGUGCCGGAAGAAACCCAAGGCACGCCAGUUCUUUCUGUUCAACGACAUCCUGGUUUAUGGCAACAUUUUGAUGAAUAAGAAAAAGUAUAACAAACAACACGUUAUUCCACUUGAAGAAGUUAAAUUGGAGUCUCUCAGGGAUGAAGGACAAUUCAGAAAUGGUUGGCUAAUUCGCACAGCGUCAAAAUCGUUCGCUGUGUACGCAGCCACCGCCACCGAAAAGGAAGAGUGGAUGGCUCAUAUAGAGAAGUGCAUAGAGGACUUGCUCAGGAAGAGCGGCAAACAGCCACCAUCAGAGCACGCGGCUGUGUGGGUGCCAGAUAACGAAGCUUCCAUCUGCAUGCACUGUAAGAAGACACAGUUCACUGUCAUUAACAGGAGACAUCACUGCAGAAAAUGCGGCUCAGUAGUAUGCGGUCCGUGCUCAUCGAAGAAAUUCCUGCUUAAGGGACAGAGCGACAAGCCGCUGCGCGUCUGCCUGCAAUGCUUUGACGAGCUCAGUCGCCAACAGCGCCGCCCCAACAAUCCGCAAUCCUCGGCCCUCGCGAAAACAGCGACAGACGCGGCUGGCUCGGGUGGCGACUCGUCUCCCGACGACGACAGCGACGAUGAAGAUGAUCGUGUCACCGCCACCGAAGUUAAACACGAUGAGGACUUUACAAGUUAUAGUGGUGUCAAAAACGGAUACAGGAAUAGAGUAACCUCUGUAUAGUACAAAUAUGAGAUCGUCCAAAAUUCUACGGCGACGGUGAAAAGACUGAAGAGACCAACAACCAUUCGUCCAAGGAGAACAAGUGAGCCGACCAUAUGAUACGAUCUUAUGUCACCUUACAGGAUUACUAUUAAGGAUAACUUUAAUGUAAAAAAACACUUGUUUGUAGUGUUGAUUCUUGCUUGCUGUAUUGCCAUUUAUUAUUAUAACAACUGACGAUCCAUAGUUGCUAUAUAACCUAUUGGGAGAAAAGCGUGAAAAUAUCUUCAAUACUAGACAAAUCCGUGUAACGUUCAUCGUCUGCUUUAUUUUUAUGUGUAAUAAAACUCCAAAUUUUAGUACUUAGUUUAUUUUCGAAUAUUUCCACUUGAUUCAAACAGUCACAUUCACUUAAUCGAUUCUCUGGAGGAUCUGUAAACCUCCGCCUCUCUCAAUACGUUUGGUACGCAUGCUCCGCACCACCCUUACUGGGAAAGUGAGAUAUGCGAUUUUUAGUGCUGCCAUUUACAAAACAUGAAUUCUCCCGUAUAUGUAUUUUAUUUUUGCCCAAAAUAAUUAUAAUGGGCCGCCCAAUAAAGUGCACGUUCCCGGCACGUGAUACAUGAGAGCCAGAGGACUUAUUAAAUAAUAACUAUUUGGUACAAACUGAUAUUUCAACCAUGCCUAUUCUGUAGUCAUCGUUAAUUAAUUAGUAGUCUUAGUUAUACAGUAAUUAUUAGAUAAAUAAUUUCAUAUUAUGCAGUAAUCUUAAAGGUAUUUUAUAUACAUCUCAAAUUCUGAACCGUUCUUAAUCAUACAAUUUAUUUAUUGACUUAUUGUAGCAACACAUCAAUAUUAACACUGCUCUAUGGGAUAUAAUUAUUGUAUUUGUGCAAUUUUAAUGAAAAUUUAGGGUUGAGGUCGUGGGAACAAAGAAAAUUUAGCAAGUACUGCGAUUCGUAGGAGUUAAGCACACCGUUUCUAAUGGACCUGUCAGAAAUUCUACAAUACAAUCAAGAGCCUCUUUACCACCUAAUUCAAGUCAAAAAUAUUCAUCAUAUAAGUCUCAUUGUUAAACGAGGUGCCGCCUAGUAUAAAAUUAUUUUGAAAGACUUCCAGUUUUCCUCACUAGAGAACGCCUUUCUGAGUUUUGCUCCAAACCAGUAAACUUUCCAGUUCACUCAAACUAUUCAAUCCAGUGAACAAACAAAGCUCACUCAAACCUAUUCGAUCCAAUAAACAAACAUGGUUUACUUGACACUAACCCCUAUAAAUAAUCGUAAUAAAAUCGACACCCCAGUCAUAUACGUAUCUAAAUCCCAAUGUUUACAUAACACAACGUUAUAUCAUAAUCAAUUUAAAUUUUCCAGUAGUAUAAUGUCGUGAUAACUCAAAAGAUCUUUACGUCGUCGUCCGUUCCAAAGUAACCAAUAUUGUUAAUUUUUAUUACUACCUAUUUAUGUCGAACGUCGUAGUGAAUUAUUAUUUACUAAUAUCAUGCAUUGGAAUUACUGAACACACUAUAAAACCGUGAUAAUAAAAGCAUACAUUUUGCUUAAAAGAAAAAUACACGUGAAUUUUUUGAUACGGUUGAUCCCUCUGACACGUAAUUGAACUCUAAAUUCUCAACUCUAAAUACUCAACUUACUUCCGAAGUUCAGUUUUUCCACU